AUGACUAAAUCUGAACAGCAAACUGAUUCGAGACAUGACGUUAUCGACUUGGUCGGUAACACCCCAUUGAUCGCGCUAAGAAAAUUGCCAAAGGCCCUAGGCAUUAGACCACAAAUCUAUGCUAAGCUUGAAUUAUACAACCCAGGUGGUUCCAUCAAGGACAGAAUCGCUAAGUCGAUGGUUGAAGAAGCAGAAGCUUCCGGCAGAAUUCAUCCUUCCAGAUCUACUCUGAUCGAACCUACCUCUGGUAACACCGGUAUUGGUCUGGCUUUGGUCGGUGCAAUCAAGGGUUACAGAACUAUCAUCACCUUGCCUGAAAAGAUGUCCAACGAAAAAGUUUCUGUUUUGAAGGCCCUUGGCGCUGAAAUCAUCAGAACUCCAACUGCCGCUGCCUGGGACUCUCCAGAAUCCCAUAUCGGUGUUGCUAAGAAAUUGGAGAAGGAAAUUCCAGGCGCUGUUAUCCUAGACCAAUAUAACAACAAGAUGAACCCAGAGGCUCAUUACUUCGGUACAGGUCGUGAAAUCCAAAGACAACUACAAGACUUAAACCUUUUCGACAAUCUACGUGCUGUCGUUGCCGGUGCCGGUACUGGUGGUACCAUCACUGGUAUUGCUAAAUACUUGAAAGAACAAGACGAGAAAAUUCAAAUCGUGGGUGCUGAUCCUCUCGGAUCCAUUUUGGCUGUACCUGAAAAUCUAAAUAAGACUGACGUCACUGAUUAUAAAGUCGAAGGUAUUGGUUACGAUUUCAUUCCCGAUGUCUUGAAUAGAGAUUUGAUUGACGUCUGGUAUAAGACCGACGAUAAGCCAUCUUUCAAAUACGCCAGACAAUUAAUUUCUAACGAAGGUGUCUUGGUGGGUGGUUCCUCCGGUUCCGCUUUCGCUGCGGUCAUCAAUUACUGUGAAGACCAUCCUGAAUUAACUGAAGACGACGUCAUUGUCGCCAUUUUCCCAGAUUCCAUUAGAUCGUAUCUAACCAAGUUUGUUGACGACGAGUGGUUAAAGAAGAACGAUUUGUGGGAUGAUGAAAUCUUGACCCGUUUCGAUACAUCUAAGCUGGAAACUUCUACCAACACAUACGCCGAUGUCUUCGGUGACGCUACUGUAAAAGAUCUACAUUUGAAACCUGUCGUUUCCGUCAAGGAGACUGCCAAGGUGGCCGAUGUCAUCAAGAUUUUGAAAGACAAUGGCUUUGACCAAUUGCCUGUAUUGGCCGAAGACGGCAAGUUGUCCGGUUUAGUUACUCUAUCUGAGUUGCUUAAGAAACUUUCUAUCAACAACGCUGCUAGCGACAACACUAUAAAGGGUAAGUACUUGGACUUCAAGAAAUUAAACAAUUUUAACGAUGUUUCCUCUUACAACGACAACAAAUCUGGUAAGAAGAAGUUCAUCAGCUUUCAUGAAAACUCUAAGUUGGGUGACUUGAACCGUUUCUUUGAAAAAAACUCCUCUGCUGUUAUCACUGACGGCUUGAAGCCAAUCCAUAUUGUUACUAAGAUGGAUCUACUAAGUUACUUAGCAUAA